UGUUCAUCUUCCGGAUUCAGUAGAAGAAGAAAAAAUAAUCAGAUAUAUCACAAAAUGGAGGUUGUUGUUCAGCAAGAAAGUGGUGGUCCCGAUGGAAUAAGUCCAGGAGUUGUUGCUAAUGCUGUGGCCAACAUUCCUGGAGGUCCUGGCCAGUCUUUCGUGGGACACGAUGUGGAGAUGUUGGAUUUCCAGCGCGAUGCCGUAGAAAUCGAGCAAAAUAAUAGUUGCGAUCAUCCGACCUCGUCUGACCACGAAGCCGAUCUACAGAGAAACGAAUUGAUCACGGAAAUGAAGAAGAUUCCUAACUGCAAUGAGAGCGAUCCCAUUGUGGCGGGUUCAGAUAACACAAUUCAGAAGAAGAUUCCGCCUGCUCAUGUAGUUACUACGGCUAAAAUGAUCGACGAGAUGGAAGAACCUGCUCAACAUAAUGUGCGGGAAGCCUCCAGUUGUCCAGAAGCGUCGUUUGACCUUUGGGGAACUUUUGUUGUAUCGCCACCGGAUAUAGCUCAGGUCAGCGGCGAAGAAUAUCGUCUAGUUGAAGAGAAUAGAAAAAUGCCCAUGAUCGUUCCUUCGGCGCGAUUUCCUCCCCCACCAGACGAAAGACGUGAAGACGAGGAGGAGCAUUCGAUAGGUAGUAUCGUACAGAAUGCA